AUGGCAAAAACUGAAGAUACUUUUGAUCUCGUUGACGACGAUGACAAUUACGUUCCUUAUGUACCGAUCAAACAAAGACGUGAAGCCAAAUUUCAGAAGCUUGUAAAUCAAAGACGCCUUCCCGAGCAGCAAAAUAUCGUUGAAGCAGAUGAAGAGGUUGAAGACUCUCAUAAAGCUGGCCCUAAAGCCAACGUGAGCUUGAUUGAUCAAGCAGUAGAAGUCAAAAAGCAAAAAAUGUUGGAAGACGCCGUAAAGACUGAGGCAGAAAAGAAACUCGAAGAGGAAAAGGCUAUAAUGGAAGCCGUUGCUCAGAAAAAGCUUUUGGCAUCUGAUCGAGAACUCGCAAAAGGCAUUAUUUACACAGAUUCUAUGAGGACUACGUGGAGACCACCUCUUCAUAUCCUUGAAGCUCCUAAAAAAGAACAUGAAGCCAUAAGACAGAGAUAUCAUAUUCUUGUUGAUGGUGAAGAUAUCCCGCCACCAAUAAAACAUUUUAGGGACAUGAAAUUCCCGCCAGCAAUAUUGAAAUACUUAAAAUCUAAAGGUAUCAACCGACCUACGCCAAUUCAGAUUAACGAUAAAGUAUGUAUUUUUAGAUUGUCUGGCCGAGACAUGAUCGGAAUUGCAUUUACAGGGUCUGGAAAAACCUUGGCUUUUUCUUUACCAUUGGUCAUGUUUGCUUUGGAAGAAGAUGUAAAACUUCCAUUAAUUAGAGGAGAAGGUCCUAUAGGAAUGAUCGUGUGCCCUUCGCGUGAAUUGGCACGACAAACAUAUGAAAGUAUUUGCUCAAUGAACGAGUUCUUAAUUAUGGAUGGCUAUCCAAAGUUACGAAUUCUUUUAUGUAUUGGCGGUAUAUCGAUGGCAGAUCAGUGGAAUACAUUAUCAGAAGGGAUUCACAUUGUAGUUGCAACUCCUGGUAGAUUAAUGGACAUGUUAGAAAAAAGGAAAUUUAAUUUAGAUUUAUGCAAAUUCCUGUGUUUAGAUGAGGCAGAUCGUAUGAUUGAUAUGGGAUUUGAAGAUGAUGUUAGAAAUAUAAUGUCAUAUUUCACUAAUCAACGCCAAACUUUGCUGUAUUCAGCUACUAUGCCCAAAAAAAUUCAAGACUUUGCAAGGUCCGCAUUAGUUAAACCAGUGAUUGUAAACGUUGGUCGUGCCGGUGCUGCCAAUUUGGAUGUCAUCCAAGAAGUAGAAUAUGUAAAACAAGAAUCCAAGAUCGUAUAUUUAUUAGAAUGUUUACAAAAAACUCCACCUCCCGUAUUAAUAUUUGCGGAGAAUAAAAAUGAUGUAGAUGAUAUUCAUGAGUACCUUCUCGUUAAGGGAGUUGAAGCUGUUGCGAUCCAUGGGGGGAAAAGUCAAGAUGAACGUGAAUUCGCAAUCCGGUCAUUCAAAGAAUACAAGAAGGAUGUUCUAGUUGCCUCUGAUGUAGCUUCCAAAGGGUUAGAUUUUCCAGAUAUUCAACAUGUCAUAAACUAUGAUAUGCCAAAAGAAAUUGAAAAUUAUGGCAAAAUUGGCCGUACUGGACGUUCUGGAAAAACUGGUGUAGCAACUACAUUUAUUAACAUGAAUUGUUCUGAACAAAUUUUACUCGAUUUGAAACAUUUGCUCAAGGAAGCAAAACAGCGCGUUCCUCCUGUAUUAGAAGCUUUAAGGGAUCCGUUGGAAGAAGAGUACAAAGAAUUGUCGGGAGGUUGUACGUUUUGUGGUGGUCUUGGUCAUCGUAUCUCUGAAUGCCCUAAAUUAGACGCUCAAAGACGACAACAAAUUGGAAUUAUCAGCCGUGGAGGAGGUGGAGAAAGAGGUGGAGAAUAUUAA